AUGAAUUCUUCUAAGAGAAGCUUUGCAAGACUCUUCCUUCCUGGGCAAUCCAUUGCAUCGAUGUUUUUCAUCGUGUACGUGAUGCUACCGAACAUAUCGCUGCUCCCUAAUACACCCAAUUCACAACUUCUUUCAAGCCAUGAACAUUAUUUAAGGAAUUUAGCGCAGUUAUAUCCAAGUGAAGAUGACAUCUCAGAUAGAAAUAAAGCAAAAAAAAAGACGCGUGGUGUUGAACAAGUGGUCUCGAAAAUAAAUUUUGGAAAACGUAAAAAAAAGACCAAUAAAAGCAACAAGGACGAAUUUUAUGAAAAUGAAUUAAAUGAUGUACAAGAGAAUAUUGAAGAAGAUGAAAAACAAUUAUCAGAAGAAGAAAUAAACGAAUUGAUAAAUUCUUUAGAAUUAUAUCCACAGAAGAGCGACAUUCGUAACGUAUGGUGGCAAGUGUGUGGAAACGAAGAAAAUAAAUUUUAUGAUAUUAUAAAUCACUUUUUAACCUUAUAUGAUGAAAUAAAGCAUAAAUAUAAAGUGAGAAAAGAUACCUUUAGAAAAAAUAUAUGGGGAUAUUUUGAUGAAGUGGCAAAAACACAACUACCAAAGAAAGAAAACUCUUUUGAAAAACUCCUUUAUGAUCUCACUAGGGAGAAAUCCAUAACGAAGGAUGAAUUUAGGGUAUUGACUGAGCAGUAUAAAUCUGCUUGCACUGAAUUAAGAGAAGAGCUAUUCAGUAUGUGCCAAGUUGAAAUAGCUCAAGUUAUGAUGCAGUUACCGUGGUGGAAGGGUUAUUAG